UCGGCUUUUUCCUCCUCCUCCCUACUUGCUUUACGGCCGUUUUGGGCGACGCUCCUCCUUUUCCUCUCCUCGCUAAGAUGGCGGUGGCCGGGACUCUCUACACUUACCCCGAGAACUGGCGGGCAUUCAAAGCCCUCAUUGCUGCUCAAUACAGCGGGGCCAAGAUCAAAGUCCUCUCCACGCCGCCCCAGUUCCACUUCGGGCAGACCAACAAGACUCCUGAAUUUCUGAAAAAAUUCCCAGUUGGAAAGGUUCCGGCCUUCGAAGGAGAAGAUGGAUUUUGCAUAUUCGAGAGCAAUGCCAUCGCACACUACGUCAGCAACGAGGAACUACGAGGCACAACUCAAGAGGCCGCUUCCCAGGUCCUUCAGUGGGUGAGCUUUGCUGACAGCGACAUUGUGCCCCCAGCCAGUACCUGGGUCUUCCCCACACUUGGCAUCAUGCAAUAUAACAAGCAGGCUACAGAGUAUGCCAAGGAGGAAGUGAAGCGGAUCUUGAGCCUGCUUGAUUCUCACCUGAAGACCCGCACGUUUCUGGUCGGGGAGCGUAUCACGCUGGCAGACAUCACAGUGGUCUGCACUCUGCUCUGGCUUUACAAGCAGGUGCUGGAGCCCUCCUUCCGCCAGCCGUAUGAAAAUGUGAACCGUUGGUUUGUGACCUGCGUAAACCAGCCCCAGUUCAAGGCCAUCCUGGGGGACUUGAAGCUGUGUGAGAAGAUGGCACAGUUUGACGCCAAGAAGUUUGCAGAGAACCAACCUAAGAAGGAAUCCUCCAAGAAGGAGAAAACGCCGAAGGAGGAGAAGAAAGCAGAGAAGAAGGAGGUGAAGCCGGAGCCAGAAGAGGAGUUGGACGAGUGUGAGCAGGCCUUGGCAGCCGAGCCCAAAUCCAAAGAUCCUUUUGCUCAUCUCGCCAAAAGGUAAGGGACACCCCCCACA